AUGUCGGUGUCCCUGUCCAGCAUCCCUGUAGUGCUGAAGGACAAGUGCUUCCAAGCCGGCAUGCUGAAAGGCAGUCCCGCACGGGGCUUCUACCCUGCCCCUCUCCCCGGCCCCCAUCACUACAUGGACUUCUUCCCGCGGACUCACAACCUCCUCCACCCGCUCAAGUCCCUCGGCCGUCUGGUGUCGGACACUCAGGCGUCCCUGCAGAUCAGCAUGCCCGGCGGAGCCCCUCCGUACCUCGGCCAGGGCGGCCACCACGCCUCGCUCCUGCACGAACACAUGUUGAACGCCUCCGGCUUCCCUUACCUGAGCCAGAUGUUGCCCGGACACCCGCUCUACUCCAAACCAGAGGAGCUGGCAGCUGUGGUGACGGAGCACGCCGCUGGUCCCCUGUCCUCGGACUUCAGCAGCCCGUCCAGUGACCGGUCCUCCUCUGUCUCUUCCUCUGCCACCUCGCCGCCCAAGGAGAGUUUGUUUCGCCUACGGAGCGCGGAGCUGUCGCCGGAAAAAACGCUCACCCCUUAUAAUUUUAGCGAGGACGACUUGUUCAUGGUGCUGUACGGUUACUCUGGCAGCCAGGAGCGAAGCCACGCUAUCUCAGGACUGAUCCUGCCCGAAAAGACAGUGUCUGACUCUCACAUUCUCCCUCUGGACAAAGAAACACUUGAACUUCCAGAGGGGUUAACCAUCCUGCAGACAGCCUGGGGAAACGUCUCACACCGUGGAGUGUUCACAGACAAAAGCAGCAUCCCUAAAGGCACACGCUUCGGACCCUUCCAAGGAAAACUGGUCAAUACCAGCGAGAUUAAAACAUACGACGACAACACGCUGAUGUGGGAGGUGUUUGAAAACGGCCGGUUAAGUCAUUUUGUGGACGGCAGGGGAGGCUCAGGGAACUGGAUGUCUUUGGUGAAGUGUGCUCGAUUCCCAGACGAGCAGAACCUGAUCGCUGUGCAGAUCCAGGGUCAGAUCUUCUAUGAGGCCUGUAAAGAGAUCCGACCUGGGCAGGAGCUGCUGGUGUGGUACGGAGACUGCUACAUGCAGUUCCUCGGCAUCCCUCUCACCCUGAAAGACCCCAGAGAGGACAGCAACGUGCCCCCUCCCACUGAAGAUACUGGUGAGGGCUUCAAGUGUGACAGAUGUGGGAAGGUGUUUGCAUACAAAUACUACAGAGACAAGCACCUGAAGUACACGCGCUGCGUGGACCAGGGAGACAGAAAGUUCCCCUGUCACCUCUGCAACAGAUCCUUCGAGAAGAGAGACAGAUUAAGGAUCCACAUCUUACACGUUCACGAAAAACACAGGCCUCACAAGUGCUCAGUGUGUGGAAAGAGCUUCUCCCAGUCGUCCAGUCUCAACAAACACAUGCGUGUGCACUCCGGAGAGCGGCCGUACAAGUGUGUCUACUGCAAUAAGGCCUUCACUGCCUCCAGUAUUUUGCGCACACACAUCCGCCAGCACUCCGGGGAGCGGCCCUUCAAGUGCAAGCACUGCGGGAAGGCCUUCGCUUCACACGCCGCCCACGACAGCCACGUCCGGCGGACCCACGCCAAGGACAAGCUCUGUCCCUGCAACCUCUGCGGAGCUGCUUUUCAAGAUGAGCAGGAACUUCAGUACCACAUGAACACUCAUAAAAAAAUCUUGGACAGCACAGUUCUUCCGUCUUCUCCGGGGAGUGGAUUUCAGAAGGACUCCGUGUUUCCAGUGAAGGACAAUCCAAAAUUACAGAAAAACACCGGACAAAACCUCCCAUACACCGGGUUAACAGUUUUAAACCCAGAAUAUCGGCCCUGGAACUAG